GGUAGGCGGCAGUAAAGUAAUUUCAGCUGCCUCAUCAAAACAGUGAAGGCGGAUCUGCAUGUAUCGCUUCCUGUAUGUUGUUGUACAAAAAUAUACUGAAGACUGUAUAAAAGGUGGUCACCUCUCUUUACGCCUCAUGCUGUCUCAUGCUCUCCGCUGCCUGCGUCCCUCCUCCUGCAUACUUCCUUUAUCCAGACAGCUUGUCCAUCACUGGCCACACAUGGAACCCAGUGGUCCCCGUCCGGUUGAGGCCACCAUACGGACCAAACUGACCCAGGCCCUCAAACCUGAGCACCUGGAGGUCAUAAACGAGAGCCACAUGCAUGCCGUGCCCCCUGGUUCUGAAUCCCACUUCAGAGUUCUGGUGGUGAGUCCUCAGUUUGAGGGUCUUUCUCUUCUGCAGCGUCAUCGCCUUGUAAAUGAGACACUGCGAGAAGAGCUCAGUACCUGCGUUCAUGCCCUUGCCAUCCAGGCAAAGACACCCCAGCAGUGGAGCAGCAACCCCAGCCUGGCCAAAAGCCCUCCGUGUCUAGGAGGAUCCAAACAUGAUAACACAGUGGCUGAAAAACUGAAGGCAGGUCGAGACUGACUGUGGAGAUGCAGUUUGUCAUUUCCUAAAGAUUUAAUGGUAUAAUGAUGAGAUGGGAAAAGAGAGAACCAGUUGGUUUGUUGCACAUUGGAAAUGAUUGAGAUUAAAAAUCUUUUUUUUUUUUCUGAACUUAAAUACAAACAUUAAUAAACGCAAUUAUUUAAUAUUGUUUUGAGUGGGUUAAUACUAUUCAGAAACUUACAGAUUCAUGCUAAAUUUGCAUCAAAAGCAAAUACUUUCAUAUAAUGACUUUGAAAUCAGAUGGCGCCAGGCAAAUUAGUAUUGCAGUCAUGUGAAUGUGUAGCAACACAUCUGUUUACAAAAUUCCUGAUAAAAAUAUCUGCCAAUGUUAUUAAUAAACUCAUUUAGAGAAGUUAACUGAGCAGUUAAUAUGUCCGGGUUACAUCCCCCCCUCAAAUCUAAAGAAAGAAAAUAAGAAAUUAUAAUUUGCAGAAAGAUUUCCUUGCAUUGUGACAUUGUUUUCAUGACAAAUUUUACUUGUUCCCAUUAUUCUCAGUGAUGAUUCUCACUAGAUUCUCAUUACUGCAGUAUCAGCAUAAAUGUAAGGCAUUGCAACAAAUACUAGAAUAAUAUAUAUAUACACUGUACAAUUUAAAGCUUAAGUAUGUAACUUUUUCAGUGUUAAAAUACUUCUAUCCCAGUUUAAUAUGCAGAGACAGCCAUAAGUAAUCCAUACAUAAGUUAAUUUUCUCUCAAACUGUAAACACUGUGUGCCUCAUUCAUGAAAAGUUCGUAAGUACACAAAAGAAUUGGGAGUAAUUUCCACAUUAAAUGGAGCUUCCCGAAAACUUUCCGCCGGAUUCACGAAUGCUUCAUAUUCCCCAGAUUUGUUAGUACAACUUGUGAAUGUUAGUGAAUUCCAAACAUUGGUAAAUAGAGCGCACGUGCACAUUCAUUCACAGUUAUCAUAAUCCACGCCCUUGAAAACACCAUAUAAGGAAGGCCAUCCAGUCACGUUAGAGGGCAUUAUUUCACUCGAGAAAAUCAAACGCAAACCCAUAUCAAGAACUUCUGCUGGAAAUAGCAGUUGUGAAGAAAAAAAUAUACUUUGAAAUAAUAAAUGCAAGCAGCAAAGAAACACUUCUAAAUAAGAGUUUAUUAUUAUUAUUAUUAUUAUUAUUAUUAUUUUUUUUUUUUAAGGUUAAUUUCCCUCAUUUAAUUAAUUAUUUUUAGACAUUGUUCCGAUGUCUUAUGCACGAUUUACACAUGGUCGGGAGCAGGUGUAAAUUUUGUUCGUACUGACUAACGUUUUGAAAAUACGAAAACUUUCAUGAAUCUGAAAAUUUGCGUCAGGCCUGCUUUACGAACGAUUUUACACAAUUCGUUCUGCUCGUUUUUCAUGAAUGAGGCCCUGUGUCUCUGUGGCACUAUAAAAUUCCUGUUGCAGAAUUCAGCUUCAAAUAAUGUAUCACAAUGAUAAUAUGCAAUUAAUGUGAAUUUGACAUUUUCUUUUAGCAAUAUAUAAUUUCUAAUUUCUUCUGAUUUUAGGUUGAAACAUGGCCCAAACAUGUUCUUGACAGUUUUCGUAAUAUUCACCCGAACAUGCCUAUGUGUGUAGCAGUCACUGGGUUAUAUUGUAUAUUUAGGAAUGGCAGGAACACUGUAUAUUGACCAAUCAGCAUGCAAAAACAGAACUUAAAUUUUUUUUAAAUACAUUAUUUUAAAAUAAUGCUGUAUUAUCUGAAAUCUGCGGCUGCAUACUAGCUGGGAAAACUGCACCACCAGAGGGCAACAUGUCACAAGAGUGCAGCUUGAUAAAGACAGCAUGAAGUGCUUUGAUGGUGUAUCUGUGGACUGGUGCCUCUUAAACUUUUGGAAAUUACUCCUGGUUACAUACAGAAGUUGCAGUAAAGUUAAUAUCUGAAGAAAAUAAAUAAAUAUAUAU